AUGUGGCCAGAAGUACUUCUAUGGUCGACGGUUCUCCGCACUGCCGAGGGCCGUCUCCACCGCCCGCUCGCCACCAUGCCCAAACCACCUUUCCGUUACCAUACGCCGGCAGAACAGGCCCCCGAUACAGGCUUGCGUGACGCUUCGUCUUCUUCUCUUCUUACUUCUACUUCUACUUCUCUCUUCUUCUCUCUCUCUUUAUCUCUGUAUACGGAGUAUAAGACCAUCCUCUUCAUAUACAGCAUCAUCGACAGCAUCACCAUCAACAUCAACAUCAUCCUCUAUCGACUGACACCGACAGGACAGGUGUUGGGGCGUGCUGCUUAUCUCGCUGCUCUUGAGCGGUCAGCUUCUCACCACCUCGCCUCAGCCUACCACCUCGAACCCAUCCUCAGCAUCAAGGACAGUCUCUCUCAGAACGGUCCGGUCGACCCGGACACCCUCAUCACCGUCAAGAUCGCCUUUGAUGGAGAGAACAGACGCUUCAAGAUCCCACUGAGAGACCUCGGAGCCCUCGCUUUCCCUCAGCGAUCAUCCCUGUCCUAUCCGUGGAACAUCGUCACCACCACCGUCAUAGUCGAGCGGCAUCGCCAUCGUGCUAACACUUUCUCUCUUCCCUCCCAGAUCCGCCAACUUCUUAACAUCUCACCCGAGACCAACAUUGUCCUGCAACGAUACUCUGACAGUGCUGGCAGAUACCUCAUACUCGAUAGCGACCACCCGCCCGUCUACAAACAACUGUACCGAGCUGCUAAGGCCAAGCUCAAGCUGCGUAUCCAGGUUGACCGCAUUCAGCCGGAACAGAAGCACGAAAGCACUGAGGAGCCCGAGCAGGCCGAAGAAGCCGUCGAAGCACAGGAAAACCCCCAAGAGUCUUCCGAGUCCCCAGAGCAUACUCCCGAAGAGACCGAGCUUGAGUCAGAGAAGAUGGAGAAUCUUUUCCAGAACCCCCGCGGCAGUUAUUUGGAAACCGUCCUGGGCCAGGCUGCCCCCAGCGUGCCCACAUCUCAAUACGCUGCUCUUCGCGCCCACCAGGCUCAGAAGCCGGAACGCUGCGACUUGUUCACCCCGUUGAACGGACGUCCUCGCCGCCGUGCAUUCCCUAGCCCUCCGACCUUGCCGGCAAACACCUCCACCGCCACCUACAGCUGUGCCAUCCUGAUCGACUGCAACCACUGCAAUGCUUCCAUUCCAAAUGAGCACUACCACUGUAGCAUCUGCGAGGAUGGCGACUACGAUUUGUGCCAGGAGUGUGUUGACAACGGCGUCUUGUGCCCAGGUGGCACCCAUUGGCUUAUCAAGCGCUCCAUCAUCGACGGCAUGGUUGUCAACAGCACUACCGAGAUUGUAGGACCCAAAUAUGUUCAGCCACCCAGUGUUGACAAGGCUGAGCCUGAGCCGGUCGGGACUUGGAAUGAUGAGCAGCCAGUCGAACCAAAGCUCGAGGUUCCAGCUCCUGAGCCCGUUGCCGAACGUACCUGCAAUGUCUGCGUCGAGGCCUAUCAUGUCUCCAACAUGGUUCAGUGCGAUGUCUGCCACGACUUUGAUGUCUGUUUCGGUUGUCAGAUCAACAACCGCAAACAUCAUAACCCAGCGCACUCCUUCUCCCUCAUUGAGGACAACGGCAGUGAGCAGGCGGCGGAAGUUAGAAAGUACUAUUGCCACGCAGGCGGAAAUAUCGUCCAUGGUGCCAUCUGUGAUGUUUGUGACUGUAUCAUCAUUGGUACUCGCCACAAGUGUCUCGACUGUCCCAACUGGGAUGUUUGCAGCAAGUGUGUCGGUGACGUCGAGUAUACUCACCCUAGCCACCGCUUUGCUGCAUUGUCUGCGCCUCUCCCACGCCCUCGCAUGGUCCACCCAGAAGUCCAUACUGGUGUGUACUGUGACGGCGCUCUCUGCCAAUCCAAGAUGGGCCGCGAGUACGUCGCCGGAGUCCGCUACAAGUGUGUCGUAUGCCACGACACGGACUUCUGCGAGACCUGCGAGGCACACCCUAACAACAUGCAUAACCGCACCCAUCCGUUGUUGAAGUUCAAGUCUCCCGUCAAACAUGUCUCUGUUUCGGCAUAUGGCGAGAACGACAGAGGUGAGGUGUUUGAGAAAAUGGGCGACAGGGAUGGCCCCGAGACCAGGGUUGGCAGCGUCAAGUCGACCGCUACCGAGACCGUGUCCCCGUUGAUCAGCAAUGCCGCCACACAAGUCCACCCUCCAAUGACACUCAACGACAGCAAUCAUGAGGAUCUUUUCCAAGUCAAGGAGAUCGCCUACGGUAAACAGGAGGUCGUGGAAGAGAAAGAAGUCGUUGACCAGCCCACCUCAGAAUAUGAGUCUGUUAUCUCUUCCCCGGUUCCCGCUGAAGAGCCACACAAGGCCACUACUUCUGGCCUGAACCCAUUCGGCCUUCACACUCGUUUCAUCAACGACACUAUUCCUGACGGCCACCCAUUCGCACCCGACGCCCUCUUCACCAAGACCUGGACCCUGCACAACCCCGGCCCCAGUGCAUGGCCCGCCGGCACCAGCGCCCGCUUCGUCGGUGGCGACGCCAUGUUCAAUGUUGACACCUCCCAUGCAAUCAGCUUGAACAGCCUAGUCAGUGCCAUGGAGAGUCAGCAUCUGUCUGAGCCAGUCUACCCCGGCCAGAAGGCAGAAUUUACCGUCCAUAUGAAGGCCCCCACACGUCGUGGAAGGGCAAUUUCGUACUGGCGUCUCAAGGCUGGUGACGGAGUGGCCUUUGGCCAUAAAUUGUGGUGUGACAUCAACGUUACCGAUAUCCCAGCUCCGUUUACGGAGAGGAAUGCAGAGAUGGUCUUCCCAACCCUCGACAAGGAAUCUCCAGUCUCAAGCGUGCAUGAGUCAAGCUCAACCACUGUCGAAGCUCCAGAAUCUGUCGCUACCAACGAGGAUGAUGGAGUCGAGGUUAUCGACUUGACUGAGGAUGUAGAGAGCCUCACCCUCGACAACGAGAGCAAUACUGACGCAGACGAUGGUUUCCUGACCGAUGAGGAAUACGACAUUCUCGAUGCAAGUGAUGAGGAGUUUGCUGAAGCCUCGAAGGCAUCGACGGAGAAGAAGUAA